GUAAGGGUGAUGUAACUUUUUUUUAUAUUUGCUUUCGAUAUUUUUUAAUGAAUAUUAGAAGAGGUGCGGUGUGCAUGAAUGCUCAUGAGACUCUUUAAAUGUUCUCAAGAAUCACCAUAAACCACUACCUUCAACAACUACCAGUAACCUCUUAUUUUUCAAAAGCUAGAUGCUUUUAUAGAUCUUUUUGUAGUCUCCUAUCCUCAUCACACAAAAUAACAAUUAUAACAUUUCUUUCAAUACAUAUGAAUUCGAAAAGUAUGACAUUGUUUCAAAAGCUCGUGGAUGUUGAAACAAUCCGAGAGACCCAACGAGCACAAGGUCCUGCCACCAUUCUUGCCAUUGGCACUGCAACUCCUUUCAAUUGUGUUAAUCAAGCUGAUUAUGCCGACUAUUAUUUCCGCGUUACAAAUAGUGAGCAUAUGAUUAAUCUUAAGGAGAAGUUUAAACGCAUAUGUGACAAGACAAUGAUCAAGAAGCGAUUCAUGAUUCUCUCGGAAGAGUUUCUAAAGGAAAAUCCCAACAUGUGCGAGUACAUGAGUCCGUCUUUGAAUACUCGUCAAGACUUGUUGAUCACUGCCGUCCCAAAGCUCGGCGAGGAAGCUGCUAUCAAAGCCAUCAAGGAAUGGGGAGUCUCAAAAUCUAAGAUCACUCAUCUCAUCUUUUGCACCACCUCAGGAAUCGACAUGCCUGGUGCUGACUUGCAACUUACCAAGCUACUUGGUCUUUCCCCUUUGGUUAAUCGACUCAUGAUAUACCAACAGGGUUGUUCGGCAGGGGGCACGGCCCUUCGUCUAGCCAAGGACAUUGCCGAAAACAAUAAGGGUUCACGUGUCCUUGUAGUCUGCUCAGAUAGCAUGGCUUCAAUUUUCUGUGGACCGAAUGAGAACCACAUUGAUUCUUUGGUCGGUCAAGCUCUUUUUGGAGAUGGAGCGGCUGCAAUCAUCGUGGGUUCAGACCUGGAUUUAUCUACUGAACAUCCAUUGUUUGAGAUUGUGGCUGCAAAUCAAACAAUCAUACCGGACACUGAGAUGGCUAUGAACUUACACUUGAGGGAAGAAGGGCUCACUUUUCACUUGCACAAGGAUGUACCCAAGAUGAUCUCCGAGAAUAUAGAGAGCGUGUUAAAGCGUGCGGUUUCUCCACUUGGUUUAAGUGACUGGAACUCAUUGUUUUGGAUAGUUCAUCCUGGUGGUAGAGCCAUACUCGACAACGUGGAGCUAAAGCUUAAACUCGAUAAGGAGAAGUUGAGGGCUAGUAGGCAUGUGCUAAGUGAAUAUGGAAACUUGACUAGUGCAUGUGUGUUGUUCAUCAUCAAUGAGAUGAGAAACAAAUCUGUAAAGGAUGGAAAAUGUACGACUGGUGAAGGUUUAGAUUGGGGUGUUUUGUUUGGAUUUGGCCCGGGUUUGACAAUCGAAACAGUUGUUCUCCGUAGCCAACAGGUUACUAUUCCUGUUGCCACCAUAACGAAUGGUGCAAAAUAACCAUUGAAUCAUCCAACUUUUGUUGAUAAGAAAUUAAUAGCGGUUUGUAUAAGAAUGUUGUGUGGUAUGUUUUCAUAAAAUAAACUGUCUUGCAAAUCGGGUUUGAUUAACAAGACUUAAAUGAUGUAUCUUUGCAUUCUUGUGUUCAUAUUUCUUGUAGUUCCUUAUUUUUUUACUACCAACAAGAUCAUAAUAACUAAUAAGUAAUGUAACUGGUUUGAUUAAUGCCACCUGAUAGUUUUAUUCCUC